AUGACGUAUGAACGGAAGACGGCCUCGCAACUUGAAAAACUCGUCAAUGGACAACCUGCUGCAGCGAGGAUGGGCUCGUGGCUGGGAUCGAUGGCAGGAUGCUCGAAAAACGACAGGGACGCUGAUGAACUGAGUUUUGCCGGGAAUUGUCGCGGGAAAUGGUGGCGAUGGCAAGGCUACGCACAGGAGAAAGUCCCGCCGGAGAGCUCGCCUGAAAUUGCAGAUCCAGCUAUGGACUUGAUGAAGGUGUUCGAUCAAACCGUCCGUGAAAUAAAGAGGGAGGUGAACUUGAAGGUGCUGAAGGUGCCGGAGAUCGAACAAAAGGUUUUGGAUGCUACGGAUGAUGAACCAUGGGGCCCUCAUGGUACUGUAUUGGCGGAGAUUGCACAGGCCACAAAGAAAUUCACUGAAUGCCAGAUGAUUAUGAAUGUCCUAUGGACAAGAUUGACUGAGACAGGCAAGAACUGGCGUUUUGUCUACAAGUCAUUGACUGUUAUAGAGUACCUGGUGGCACAUGGAUCAGAACGUGCUGUUGACGACAUUAUAGAACAUACUUUUCAGAUAUCACCAAGUGGGAAGGAUGUGGGAAUUAAUGUGAGGAAAAAAGCUGAGACCAUUGUGGCUCUUCUAAACAACAAGGACAAAAUACAAGAAGUACGAAACAAAGCUGCCGCCAAUCGUGAAAAAUAUGUUGGACUUUCUUCGUCUGGAAUAACAUACAAGUCAGGUGCAGCCUCAUUUUCUAGUACUGGCUUUAAAAGUAAUGAUCGAUAUGGAGGUUUUGGCAAUAGGACAGACAGUGAAACAUUUAGAGAUAGUUAUAAUGAUGCUGAUCAAUAUGGUGAUGAUAAAUAUGAGAAGUCUACUAAGUCAAAGAAAGAAUCUUCUCACCAGAGCAGCUAUGGGGCUCUCGGUAAACUGGUAUGGUUCAUGCUCGUGAUUGAUAUGAUGGACGUCACUGGUCAAAGCUCUUCAUCUACUGGUAAGAGUAGCAAGCCAGAUAAGUACGAUGCACCGUCAGAAAAAUAUGAUGAAGAAUUUGAUGAUUUUGAUCCAAGGGGGACUUCAAGCGCCAAAUCAGUUUCUGGGAGUCAGCCAGUGGAUCUUUUUGGGCAAGAUUUUGUUGGCGACCUCUUGGGUGAACCAGUUGGUGUUCCAACAGAUAAAUCCACUGCCUUAGACAAUGAUCCAUCGGAAGUUGAUUUAUUCGCUGAUGCUGCUUUUGUGUCGGCAACACCACUCCCGUCCAUAGCCAAAUCUCCCGAGCCUCAGAUAAAUGUUGAUUUGUUUUCUGCUCAUCCUACCCCUUCUGUUGUUCCUACAACAAUGGAUUUUUUCUUGGCACCCGAUCCGCCUUCCGACCUUGACAACAAAGCCUCGAUCUCUGAGGUGACUAAUAAUGUUGAUCCAUUUGCCAAUGUUCCACUCAACAGCUUUGAUGGAUCCGAUGCAUUUGGAGCCUUUACUUCUCAUACGGAUCCUUUAUCAGCAAAUACAGUGGAUUCAAAUUCGUCUACCAAUGUAAGUGAUGGAAACAUGAAGGGCUCUUCAACUGAAACCAAGGCCCCACCUAAGAGCGGUUUUCAAGUAAAAUCAGGAAUAUGGGCGGAUUCUUUGAGCCGUGGACUGAUUGACCUUAAUAUAACUGCACCAAAGAAGGUUAACCUAGCAGAUGUAGGUAUCGUUGGUGGAUUGAGUGAUGGGUUAGACGAGAAAGACAAGGGACCUUUGCCUUCGUUUUACACAGGAAAUAAUAGUAUGGGUAUUGGGUCUGGAAUCGGUAAGUCGGGUUUCCCAUCAACAACAAACGAUGACUUCUUUUCAAGCCUAAGCAGCUCACAAUACCAAUAUGGAAGCUUUCAGAAAUAAUUUUUCCUCCUCAGUUGCUAAAGCUUGUCUUUACUUUUUCAUUUGGUGAUAUAUAUUGAGCAUUUGAAAUUUAUUCUGGCAUGUGAAAGAAAUGUAAGAGAGCUUGUACAUUUGUGUUUGGUUAUUUUUUAACGUUCGUAUGUACCAAAGACUUGUGAAAUCCAUACUACUAUUCGCGUACCAUUACUUGUGAAAUCCGCCGUUGUGUUUAAUUACAAAGAUGUUACUAUUUCCAAACUGCUUGAAAGUUGCGCUCUGUAUGCCAACAAGUGCUAUAUCUUUACUGAUAAAAUUCAAC